CGACCCCGGGCUGCGCUGCAGACGGCAGCAGCUCCUGCUCCGCCCGAGUCGUCUGACCGCCGAGCCGGGGUGCUAACCGCGGGUCCCUCCAGCCCGCCGGCCCGGCCAGCCCAGCCCAGCCCGCCGGCCCGCAGCCCCGCCGCCCGCCGCCCCCCGCCGCCGCCGCGUUGCCAAAACAAACGGGCCGGCCUAUUUAUUGGCGGCCGGCGAGCCGGGCUGCUCAGAGUCGAGGCGCCGAGGGGGACAGCGCGCCGCCACCAGCCAGGGCCUCGGGCCCCCACCCCGCACCUGAGUACCGCCGGCCUUGAGCCGCGCCGCGCCGCCCAUGGCGCCCCCGCCUGGAGUCCCCCGGAGCCACCCGGACGCCUGAGUCCCCGCAGCGAUCCCACCGACCCGCCCACCCAUCAGCACCCGGCGCCCUCGCCCGCCGCUCUCCCGGGCUCCCUGGCCAUGUCUCCCGCCUGGCUCCGGUCCCGACUGCGGUUCUGUCUGCUCCUGUUGCUGCUGGUGAUGGUGCCGGCGGCGCGGGGCUGCGGGCCGGGCCGGGUGGUGGGCAGCCGGCGGCGGCCGCCGCGCAAACUCGUGCCGCUCGCUUAUAAGCAGUUCAGCCCCAACGUGCCAGAGAAGACCCUGGGCGCCAGCGGGCGCUAUGAAGGCAAGAUCGCGCGCAGCUCCGAGCGCUUCAAGGAGCUCACCCCCAACUACAAUCCCGACAUCAUCUUCAAGGACGAGGAGAAUACGGGUGCCGAUCGCCUCAUGACCCAGCGCUGCAAGGAUCGCCUGAACUCGUUGGCCAUCUCAGUCAUGAACCAGUGGCCGGGUGUGAAGCUGAGGGUUACCGAAGGCUGGGAUGAGGACGGCCACCACUCGGAGGAGUCCUUGCACUAUGAGGGCCGCGCGGUGGACAUCACCACCUCAGACCGCGACCGCAAUAAGUAUGGACUGCUGGCGCGCUUGGCGGUGGAGGCUGGCUUCGACUGGGUAUAUUACGAGUCCAAGGCCCAUGUGCAUUGCUCCGUCAAGUCCGAGCACUCGGCCGCUGCCAAGACAGGUGGCUGCUUCCCUGCUGGAGCCCAGGUGCGCCUAGAGAGUGGGGCACGUGUAGCCUUGUCAUCUGUGAGGCCAGGAGACCGGGUGCUGGCCAUGGGGGAGGAUGGGAACCCCACCUUCAGUGACGUGCUCAUUUUCCUGGACCGUGAGCCAGACAGGCUGAGGACUUUCCAGGUCAUCGAAACCCAGAAUCCCCCACGCCGCCUAGCACUCACGCCUGCUCACCUGCUCUUUACUGCUGACAAUCACACAGAACCAGCAGCCCACUUCCGGGCCACUUUUGCCAGCCAUGUGCAACCUGGCCAGUAUGUGCUGGUAGCAGGAGUGCCAGGCCUGCAGCCUGCCCAGGUGGUGGCUGUCUCCACACAUGUGGCCCUCGGGGCCUAUGCUCCACUCACAAGGCAUGGAACACUGGUGGUGGAGGGUGUCGUGGCUUCUUGCUUUGCAGCUGUGGCUGACCACCACCUGGCUCAGUUGGCCUUUUGGCCUCUGCGACUGUUUCCCAGCUUGGCAUGGAAUAGCUGGGGCCCUGGUGAGGGUGUGCACUGGUACCCUCGGCUGCUCUACCGCCUGGGGCGUCUCCUGCUAGAAGAGGGUAGUUUCCACCCGCUGGGCAUGUCUGGGGCAGGAAGCUGAAAGGAUUCUAUCACUGCCGUCCCAGAACUGCUGUGCUGGAUUCAAAAGCCUCCCUAUCAGGAAUGCUCUUGCCCUGAAAGGGAUCUGAGCUGAGGACACUGGUCCCCGUCUUCUCCUCCAGAGUGGGGACACACCAUUGAGACUUGACUGGGCAAUGCCAGUAUCUUGUUGAAGUGAUAGAGCUGCAAGCUGAGCUGGCAAGGUGGUGGUGGGCUUUCCUUUCCUAAAGACCUUGAGAUCAACCAGCUCUUGCUACAAUUUUUCACACCCCACCUCCCACCACAGGGAGGGCCCAUUCCAUCGGUCUUUGAACCUCUUACUCCAGUCUUUCUCGGGACCUGGGUUUCUGACUUCACUGUUGGCAACAAACCACAGUAUGAAAUUUCAGCCCGUAGCUGGGCUGGCUUGCACCUCAGUUGAUGCUGCUAGAUUCCCUGGGAGCCAGCAGGGAGCUGGUGGACUCAUUGCUGCCCAAAACUGAAAGGCCACAGCCAGCCUGGUCAUCCUGAGGCAUGACCUGCCCCACUGACCACACUCCACCGGACACAUACUAAGACUGUUGCUGUCAGUGGACAAAGUUCUCUGUUCCGGCCAAUGUGACCAUAGUACCUGGGUCUGGGGGAGGGGCCUGAAUGCCCUUGCCAGCCCUGCCCAGGCUAAGCUCCCUUUUCUGCUGAACCAUGCCCCCCACCCCCUCCUCCGGUCAGUCUCCCCCACCUUAUUUAUUGGCAUGGAGGGGGAAGCCCAUGGGAGAAUUUUGGGAAUGUUUUGGUCUUUCCUUCCUUUUGUAAUAAAAAUUAUUUAAGUUGUUA